AUGGCGGACCAGUUCCAGGCUCGGACGUUGAAACGCAAGAACGUCAAAGGUCUCGCUCUCAGUGCGGCUCCGAAGACGAUCUCCAAUUCUUCUGAUGGCGAUGCACAGGUUCCCGGUGCGGUGGGAAAUAGCGAAAGCAACCGCACAGAUACGCUUGAAAUCGGACUGGAGUUUCGACUCGAUCUCCGUAGUGAAGACCUGGUCACAUUGAAGGAACUAGGCGCUGGAAAUGGCGGUACCGUGUCCAAGGUGAUGCACGCAUCUACCAAGGUGGUGAUGGCUCGAAAGAUUAUCCGUGUGGAGGCCAAAGAGAACGUGCGGAAACAGAUUCUACGAGAGCUUCGAGUCGGACACGACUGCAAUUGUCCUAAUAUCGUCACUUUCUAUGGUGCAUUCCAAAAUGAAGCCAGAGAUAUUGUGCUGUGCAUGGAAUACAUGGAUCUCGGAGCGCUUGACCGCGUUUCCAAGGACUUUGGACCUGUUCGCGUCGAUGUACUGGGAAAGAUUACUGAGUCCGUCCUGGCUGGUCUUGUUUACCUCUACGAAGUCCACCGCAUAAUGCAUCGCGAUAUCAAGCCAUCCAAUAUCUUGGUCAACUCCCGCGGCAACAUCAAGCUCUGCGACUUCGGUGUCGCUACCGAGACUGUCAACUCAAUCGCCGAUACAUUUGUGGGCACUUCCACAUACAUGGCCCCCGAGCGCAUUCAGGGAGGCGCUUACACCGUCCGAUCAGACGUGUGGAGUGUGGGUUUGACGGUCAUGGAGUUGGCCGUCGGAAAGUUCCCCUUUGAUCACUCCGACUCUGUUGCUGGGAAUCGUGCCAGCGCAGGCCCCAUGGGAAUUUUGGAUCUACUGCAGCAAAUCGUCCACGAGACGGCCCCUAAGUUGCCCAAGAGCGAUGCUUUCCCGCCCAUUCUGCACGACUUCGUUGGGAAGUGUCUCUUGAAGAAGCCCGAGGAGCGACCAACCCCGAGGGAACUAUACGACAAGGAUGCCUUCCUGCAGGCCGCGAAGCGCACACCAGUCGACCUCGAACAAUGGGCAUUGAGCAUGAUGGACCGAGAAAAACGCAAAUCCUACCUAGGACCGCCAGUUCCACCCUCCCUCAGGGAGACCACGACGCCAACCUCAACUUCGACCUCUUCUUCCGCAGCUUCCACAUCAGCCAUGGGCAAGCCCCUUCCCCUCCACAAGUCCACCCGAACCCCACAACAAUCACCAUUCCCCUCGAACCAGGCAACAGGCGAAAUCCCUCUGAGGAUGGCAAAUGAGGCUCCCUCCAGCCAUCGCCACUACAGCCCCCAAUCCCAGACCCAAUACUACCCAUCAUCGUCGUCCCGAACCACACGGUCUCCACCACCACCCUCUUUGGAGCACCUCUCUCUGGAAGGAAACGACGACGACAGAUCCGGUCGCCGCCUAAUGCGCCAGCAUCUGAACGAGCCUGCCUCUGCCAUUGACGCCCCCUCCCGCCCAUUCAUGAGUCCCCGCUCCUCCAGCUCCAACAACUCCAACCCCCGUACGAACCUGCACUCCACGACGAUGCCUAUCCGCACCGCGCCUCCAACCAACCCGCCUCCUCCACCGCCCGUUUCGGCAGGCGGGAACUGGCGCGCGCAGACAGGCACUGCGCCGCGGUAA